AUCCAAAAUUCUUGCUAGUGACAAUGCCAGCGGGUAGACCACGUAAAAACAUAGGUCUAUGUACAAUAUGUGGCGAACAUGGUCUUAAAGAAAGGUUUCGCAUAUUAACACCAAGUCUUUUGUCCAAAGCUAUGCAAAGCCCAGCUGCUCUAAAUUUGAAGGUUGAGCUUAAUUUAAACGAUUAA